GUCACAAGGAAACGCACCCAUCACUCGUGCACCGGUGCCUCAAGUGUCAGGAGACAGUGUUUAACAGAGGUGAUUUACAAGACCUGAACAACUCUACCUACAGACCUGAUCAGUGAUUUUCAACACAAAGCCCUCACAUCUCAUGAGACUGGUUGCAUUAUGAGAGCACAUUACCUGUUCCUGUUGAUUUACCUACUGGGGAGCUCCUUUGCAGGAUCCAGUGCACAGAGUAAUGCAGUAUGCACAAAAGAUACCUGCGCACAGGGCCCAGAUGCCACCUCGAACUUCUUACAGUGUGUGGGCCUGCCUCCAACAGACACGGGGGCAGAUGAAAUGCGAAAGCUGAAAGGAAUUCUUGAAGCCACAAUGGAUGUGUACACGUUUAUGAAGUCAAGCAUGGCAAGCGGACCAAUUUUGAGCGUGGAGGGCGCUCUGGAAUUAGACUUGGCAGCAGACCCUCUACAGAAUCAAGAUCUGGUCAAGAUGUGGAUGGAGGUCAACAUGAAACCGCUGCUGAAAUCCAUCACCAAGCAGUUCUUGUCCUGUCUCAGCACCAGGAACUUUAGCUGCUCCACCUACCAGACUGUAGUGGAGGAGCUCAGUCAACACUAUUCUGAGAUGGAUCCAGUCAGGCAAAAGUGGAUCUACACAUUCUUUAUGUACCCGUUCCUGUCUUCGGCAACAGUUGAUGGCUGUGUGAGGCCAGAUGAGAGCAGUGCGGAGUGGCUGAUGAAGAACUUCGGUGCCUUCAGUGUCAUGGCCCGCAUGAAGGACUUUUCAGCGCUCAACGUGGUCUUCAGUGGACUGGAGGUUCUUAACUUGUUGUCUCCAGCACAAAAGGCCGAGCUGCUCAUGAGCCCUGAGGUUGCCAAUUUAGACAAUGGCACAUUAGCUCUGGUCUUCCACAGUCUGCUAACAGGGGAAUCUGGCCCAUCACCCACUGAUGGCCCGGGAUGGGGUCCCAACUGGACAACCCCUGGGUACCCACCCUCCUAUCCAGUACAGCUGUCACAUAACCAUCAGCCAGGCCUCCAACAGGUCGUGAAUGGAUUCAUGUCAGCCUUCAAACCCAUCGGGAGCUUUGUUCAUAAUUUUGUGUCUUUCACACGUGAGAGAGAUGCGUCAAAUAUAAAAAGCACCACUUUGACCCAGUUCCUGCUCAACUGGACUCUGUCUGAGCUGGCUGGCACAUACCGGCAGCCAAAUGCAUCUGUGGUCCCAGAGGGACCUCAGUUUGAUGUGACAAAUGUGGCAGACUGGUAUGAUUAUGUUGUGAAGCCGCUGUUACGGAGGUUUUUGCCCGAUGAAGAACUCCUGAUGCAUGAAAACAUCACGCUCGCUUUCCACGAAGUGUUCCGUCUGGACAACGGUAUGGACAACAUGACGGUGAAUGAAAUCCAGGAUGUCUGUAGCAUCACCCUUGAUAAGAGCCCUUGCGGGCUGACCGAUGCGGUGGCAAACGUGGCUCAUGUCUUGCAUUGCGCUGCUCGUAACAACCUGACCAUGACAGAAGCCGUCGUCUUGAAGCUGGUUCUAGAGCUGACUCAACGUCUGAACUUGCUGAUCAAGGAGCUCUCCACAGCAAACUUCACGCAGUUGGAAUCCGAGUUUAAGCAGAUCUUCAGCGAGUCAAACUCCGCAACUCUGACCCAGGAGCACCUGACAGACCCAGCCUUCAUCCAGCUCUGGUUCAAGGUCAAGCUGCUGCCCCUCCUGCCCAACGUACAGCCAGAGCUCCUCUCCUGCCUCAGCACCAAGAACUUCUCCUGCCCCGUUUACCAAACCCUUGUGGCGGCGCUCAGUGAACGAAUGAACUUUUUGGAUGCUGAUCCGAUGUACAGCAGCAACAUCUACGAGUACUUCAUCUACCCCUUCCUGCUAAAUCACAACACCUCGGACCCCCAGUGUGUCUCUGCAGCUAAUAACAGCGCAGAAUGGCUGCAACUCAACUUUGGUUUCUUCUCAAGCUUUGCCUCUAUCAUCGACUUCUACACACUCAACCCUUAUUUCUCUGGACUGGAGGCUCUUGACCUCCUGACUCCAAAUCAGACGGUAGAGUUGCUGCUGUUGACUCUCCCAACUCCACCAGAGAAAGACAUUGUCAUCAGUCAAGUGUUUAACUUCCUGACGGAGUCACCUGCAGCCAGGAAGUACCCAGAGGUCCUCAGCGCUUUGGUCAGGCUCGCUGGAAAGAUCAAUCCUUCCUGCGACAUCUACAAACAAAUCUUCACACAGCUCUAUACAGCCAUACCAUCUCUGCCUCCAGAAAUGGAACCAGUCACCUGGGCCACUAUAGAAGCCCUGAUAAACAUUGCACCUGUCGAGUGCGUGCCGGCGAACCUCAGGUGCCUGGUAAUCCCGCUCAAUGAAACUCACAGCUGUGCAGGAGUCAACAGCUCUGAUCUGCUGUCUUACUUGGACACCUUUAAUCAAGUUUCCUGCAACUUCCCCUUGGAGGAAUAUGCCUGUGCACAGCUGGACAACUUCACAGCCAAUCACCUGGCGUCUCUUCUGAUGUGUAAUCUUCCUGGGAACAGCGCCCACUCCAAAACUCUGUGGAAAAUCCUGCUCACGAAAGUCUCCGACGUUUUAAACCCAGCCCUGGACAUCCUGGCUAACAUGCCGAUGCCCGUGAUUCCAUCAGCGUCACAGGUUUUGGAUGUGAUCGGAGAGAUCAGAGUGUUGCUGCUGACAGAUGAGCAGCUGCAGAACAGCGAAGUUAUCAACUUGUGGUUCUCAGACCGCCUGAGGAGCUUCUUGCCAUAUGCAUCAGGAAUGUUUCUGCGCUGUCUGAGCAGCAGAAACCUCACCUGUCAGUCAUACCAGGAAAUACUGCAGACGUUUAUCGGCCAGUUUAACCAGAUGACCUCAAACCAGCAGCAGUUGGUCUUGCAGGAUUUCAUACUGCAGUUCCUGACGCAGCCACGCUCAGAUUCCAGCUGUGUGUCUACCUCCAACAGCACUGCAGUGUGGAUACAGCAGAAUUUGGGUCCAUUUUCAGCACUUUUGUCCCUCACUCAGCUGAUCCAUCUCAACCCACAAUUCAACCCUAUUGAAGUCUUGACACUCCUGACUGCACAACAGAGCGCAGAGCUGCUGUCGCUUCCAAAUCUGCCGGACAAAGCCGUCAUUAUCAACGCGCUCUUUGAUUACCUGACCGUGUCUCCUGAGCAGAAUAAAUUCACAGAGUUCCUGACCAACCUUACCGUGUUCAUUCACCCGGAAAACUUCACUUGCUCUUCAUACAAAACGCUGUUUGCCAGACUGGACUUGGCCCUACCUGUGGUUUCUCUUGGCAUCGCUACAACUAUCACACAGACUAAAGAGGCUCUAUCCCACCAACUACCACCUGACUGCAUCAUUUACAGUGGACAGUGUAAUGUCAGCGUGGCAAAUGCAACAGAAAUCUGUAUCGGACUGAACAGAACAGCAGUUCAGCUCCAACUCACCAGUGCACAGACGAGCGGAAACCUCUGUGACUUGGCCGUUGAGAAACUGGCUUGUGCUUCGCUGUCAACAAUAACAGCAGAGCAGCUGGCAACGAUACUGAAGUGCAACCGCUCCUCCAGCUCGAGUGGGUCCAGAUCUAUCUGGAAACUUGUCCUCUCCAAAACCUCUCAGGUCCUGGACCAGGCUCUGGAUCUGCUCGUCAACACGACUCUGGACGCCAACAGCCCAGCAGUGUCCGUGAUUCUGGACACCAUACAAGAACUCCGAAUAGAUACCGUCAGCAUGGCCACCCUCAAUAAUCUAACCUUCAUCCAGACGUGGUUUGGCGGCCGCCUUCGUCCAUUUCUGCCGGCUGUUUCACCUGACUUCCUUUCAUGUAUCACCACAAACCUGACCUGCAGCUCCUACCAGGCCAUUCUGCAGAUUUUGAGUCAACUCCAACCACAACUGACAUUUGCCAGGCAGGUGUCUGUCUACACGCACUUCAUUAAGGUUUUCCUGACCAGGAACAACAGCACAGACCCCGCCUGCAGCUCAGGCAUUGCCACCAGUGCACAAUGGCUGCAGGUGAACCUGGGAGGUUUUGCCUAUCUUUUGGAUGCCUUGUCACAGCUCACGGUCAGACAGCUAGCCGAGGUGUCCGCAACACCUGGCCAGCUCACAACUUCUGAGCAAGUCAACAUGGUGAUGAAAUAUGUGCCUGACCAGUUUCUGGCUGCCUUCUUUGAUAAUUUCUCACCUGUUAUCCUGGCUCAUGAAGACGCGUUCCCUUCAGUCGUGAGGUCAGCCAUGUUGCAGGUUGUGUUUGAUCGUGCAAACCUCUCCCUUCCUUCGGUGAGUGAUGCAGAGGUAUAUGUGUGGCUUACCUCCCGGCUGCCACCUCUGCUGGUACAACUUUCACCAGGACAAGUUGCAUCUUACUUUGGAAUACUGGCGGGAAGGAGCUGCAAUAUUGAGAAGCAGGGUGUACUGAACCUGAACAUGACUAUCUCAACACUCAGCACAGACACACAGCAGAAAGUCUAUGAUCAAAUCCUCCAGACCCUCAGAGGUCCAACACCUCUCCGCUGCUACGGUGACAGCUACAACACCAGUUUCUAUGGUUUCCUGGAGCAAUCUUUCAUGGGUUUCCAGUUUCCCAACCUCACCGCCUUCCUGUCGCUCAUGCCUCCUGACAGAAUGCAUCUGAUCAUAAAUUCCAUCCCUCCAUCAGAGCUUGGGGAUUACCUGCGACGUCCUAAUGUUGUCGACAACAACGCACAGCUCUGCAUGCUCUUAAACAGCUACAGCCAGACACCACAGUUUCUAGAAACUGAGUCUCUGCCGGAUGCGGUGAGGCGCUCCAUCCUGCCCUGCGUCUGGCCCGUGGCCCUCAACAGCACCCAAACGUCGGAGGUCGACGCUUGGUUUGACCGUCGCCUCAAGAACUACUUGCCCUUCCUCACAAAGAGCCUGAUCAGUCCCAGUGUCAUAAACAGCACCUCCUGCCUGGCCUUCCAAAAACUUGUCUCAGUCCUUGGGGUAUACAACUACACUACUGCUGACUUUGUGAGGGGAGACGUGUACAACGCCAUCAGGACUUACCUUUACGUCGGCUCAACCUCAAACCCAAAGUGUUACUUCCCCAGCAACCCACAACUGAAUUCCACAGCUUGGUUUGCUCAGUACAUCGGGUCUUUUGUCUCUUUCCUCACUCGGGACGAUCUUUCAACAUUUGGAUCUGAGUCGGUCAUUCAGGUCUUCACAGUGAACCUUCAGAACAUCGCUCUUUUCAACACCUCUGUCUUACCUGCAAACCUCACAAACUACUACACCACCCUUCUAUAUCAACAGGACAGCAACUUCAACCCCUUACUCCUUCCUAUCUUGUUUCGGUGUGUCGCUCCUGGUCCAGCAUUUACCCAACUGAGUCCAAGCGACAGUUUGAUAGUUCUGCAGAAUCUCACAGUUCUCUGUACGAACCUGGACCCACAAGUCACUGCUGCUUUGGCAGGUACCUUUGGUCAGAACAUUGACUCCACAGUCAUUUCUGCCCUCGGCAGCCAAAGCACCGGCAUGUCGCUGAAUCAGAUCAACUCAAUCAAACCCCAGGACUUAAUAAACUCCAUCAGCACUCUCUCCACUGUGACGGGCUGGAGCGAAGGUCAGGCCAAGGCCAUCAUCCAGUCUCUGCUGUCUUCAGGCGUGAUACAGAUCAACAGCUCAUCAUCGCUGAUAAGUCUGGGCACUCUCAUCAUUGGUGUACCUUCCAGAGUGUUCUCGAGCAUCUCCGGUAAUCAGCUGAUAAGUGCCUCCCAAACUCCUUCACUGGUGGCAAACCUCCUUUCUGGUCCUCAGAUCAUCCAGCAGGUCUUUGUCAGUCAGAUCAUAUCAGUGAACACCAGCAACGUGCAAGUGAUCCAGAACGUUCCCGAUGACCUGGCCACUGAGAUCCCUCGAUCCCUGCUGGUGGACUUCUCCAGUAGCAACGACGUUAUCACCAAACUCAACAAAAAGAAAUGGAAACGGCAGCAGCUGACCUGCAUGUACACUUACAUUAAAGACGAUGCUGCCAGCUUCAACCUCUACCCUCCAGAUGUUCUGCUGUAUUAUGAUUACUCACUGGUGCCGCAGGGCAGCUGCAGGGCCUAUUUCACAGAGCUGGGAAAUGCAGACUUCUCUGUCUUCUCUGCAGCGCUCAGCUACAAGCGCACUGCCCUGUUUGAAAAUGCAAAGAGCUGCCUGGGCAUAACAAACACAAGCUUAACUGAAGAUGAAAUAUCAGUAUUGGGAAACAUGUGCUGCAUCCUGGAUGCAUCCUACAUCCUAAACUCAGAUUCAUCCAUCUUGGAAAAACUCAAAGCCUGCCCCAGCCUCACUUCUGCUCAAGCAGCUGCUGUUCAGGCUCGAAUGACUAAUGGCAACACAAGAUCUGGAGCUCCUUCAGUGUGGACUGAGCAAACUCUGAAAGACCUCGGGAUGCUGUCUCUGUAUAUGUCUUCAACCUUCUAUGAUUACUUCAACACUAAAACAAAGAACAACUACUUGAGGUACUUCCUGGGUGUUCUCAAGGAAAACAACGUGGACAGCCAGAAGAUCGGGGAGCUGAAGAGUGCAAUAAGGAUGUCCAUUCCGGAUGAGUCAAAGCGAUCUACAGCCACUGACUGCACUUUGGGUUUCAUAACCCGUGUGACUAUCGUUAAUCUAACAUUCCCCUUAAACUAUGAUAUAAGUCAGUUCACCAGCUGCCUCAAUUCCACCAUUGUGAAAGACAACUUGGAUGCCCUUGUUAGCCAGGUGCAGGAACAGAACUACACAACGAUUGUUCUCAGCAAGUUGCGACAGGCUUACAAUGCCAGCGGCAUCAUCCCAGAAGAUCAGGUUCAGAUCUUAGGAGCAAUGUCCCGUAGUGCCACUAUGGCAGACAUCAACAUGUGGAGUAUUAUUCAGAUCGACACACUCUCUUCUUUGAUGGAUCCUUCAAACGGACCGUGGGACCCGGUUCUGGCCAAAGCCAUCAUCUCCAAGUAUCUGAGUGUAAAGGGGAACAGUCUCGGCAGUGUGGCGCUCAACGCCAUUGGAGGACCAAACCUGUGUGCCCUGGAUGUUGUUGUUAUCAGGAACAUUUCGGUUGGAAGCAUCAAAAACGCCGAUGCCCUGGACAUAUCCAGCUGCACCACUGAGAAAAAGCAAGAACUGUUCGCCCUCGCCUAUAAAGCAUUUAUCCCAGUGACCCGCUCAAUCUCUAUCUCCGCUUCCACUUACCAGCUCUUACAAUCUUACCUACCGGGUGCAGAUCUUGCGUUUAUCCAAAAUUUAGUGUCUUCCAAUAUCAGCAUGGACCUCCCGACCUUCACUGGGCUGCUUCAGAGUGUUAUACAGAACCUGACUGUUAGUGACAUUAAAGGUCUUCUUGGCACCAACCUCCCAGUUCUGAAGUUGUAUGAAAAUGUGACAGUGUACCACUACAUCGGGCUCAUCAUCAACAACUUCAUCAACGACAUCGGGGACAGCUUCAACGACAACAUCGGGGACAGCUUCAACGACAACAUCGGGGACAACUUCAACAACAAAAUCAACAACUGGAUCCAGCACCACCACGGGUAA